AUGGAUAUCCGCCUCCUCAAGCCCGCCGACCUCCCCCUCAUACAGCAUGCCAACCUCGAGAACCUGCCCGAGAACUACUUUCUAAAGUACUACCUCUACCACGCCCUCUCCUGGCCCCAGCUCAGCUACGUCGCCGUCGACGUCUCCCGCCCCAAGCGCACCCCCUACGACUACCCCAAGAUCGUCGGCUACGUCCUCGCCAAGAUGGAGGAGGAGCCCACCGACGGCGUCGCCCACGGCCACAUUACCAGUCUCAGCGUCAUGCGCACCCACCGCCGCCUAGGUAUCGCCGAGAAGCUGAUGCGCCAAAGUCAACUCGCCAUGGUCGAGACCUUUGGCGCCCAAUACGUCUCCCUCCACGUCCGUGUCUCCAACAACGCCGCAAUCCACCUCUACCGCGACACCCUCGGCUUCAAGAACGAAAAGACGGAGAGCAAAUACUACGCCGACGGCGAGGACGCCUACUGCAUGAAGCUCGACCUGAGCUACAUCCGCGAACAGAUCCAGGACGAGCGCGACCGCGAGGAGGAGGAGGCGGCAGACGAGGGCGAGGCCGUGGGCGACGUCGGGCGCGAUCCGAAUGCGCCUGCGUCCACCACCACCGCUGCCGCUGAUAAGAAGCGCAAGGUCAAGGUCGGUCGCGGGUUGGGUGUGGGCGAGCUUGUUGAGAAGAAUGAGAGUCAGAAUUAA